GGUCAGUUGUUCAAUGAUGGCGGCCCAGCGGAGGUUCUGGGGUCGAGUCCGGACCCGGACACUUUAUGUUGUAAUGGGGCUGAUUGGCACCGUGUUUGAACCCGGUGCCUGUUACACAUGUAAGCAUCGGGUCCCGGACUUCGGAGAGGUGAUUUAUCAAGUUUAUAUACAACCACCUCGAAUUACCAGGAGGAGUGUUGAUCAGCAUCUAAGAAUAAAAAUUGUCUAUGAUUUGAGCAUUGAACUUCUUCCCUUGGAUAAAAAGAAUUUAGUAAAGAAUAAACUGUUUCCAAAGGCAAUUACGUAUUUACAAAACACAUUCCAGGUUCGAAAAGUAAUUGGUCCAAUUCUGCUAAGCAGACCAUGUGCAACAAAUCAAUAUUUGAGAAAAAAAGAUGAUCCAUAUAUGUAUUGCCAAGGUGCCUGUGCUAAGAUCACAAGAUGUGGCCCUGUGAUUGUACCAGAAGAGCAUUUGCAGCAAUGUAGGAUGUGCAGUGAAAAUGGAAACUCUUGUGGAUCUUCAGGGUUGACUGAUGGUCCAGGGGUUAAGGAUGCUGAUUUUUUACUGUACGUGAGUGCACUAACAACAGAACGCUGUGGACAAGAGGAUAUAGUCGCCUAUGCAGCAUAUUGUCAACUGGAAGCAGAAUUGGACCGACCUAUUGCAGGUUACGCAAACUUAUGCCCAAGUAUGAUCCCCACUGAGCCACAGGAGUUUCAAGGCAUGCUGUCCACCGUUAAACACGAAAUUGUCCAUGCAUUGGGUUUUUCUGCAGGUCUUUUUGCAUUCUACCGUGAUGAUGAGGGGAAACCUCUAACUGUGCGAAAGGCAAAUGGGCUUCCACCUUUCAAUGAGUCACUUGGGUUAUAUCAAUGGAGUGAAAAAGUUGCACGCAGGGCAAAGAGGUUAUGGAAUGUACGAGGAAACACCCAGCUUAAUCAUGAAGUUCUUCUUCUUGUAACUCCUCGAGUUGUUAAGGAAGCCCAGCAACACUUCAAUUGUUCAGUCCUUGAAGGAAUGGAACUUGAGAAUCAAGGUGGAGUUGGUACAGAACUGAAUCAUUGGGAAAAGAGAUUAUUAGAGAAUGAAGCAAUGACGGGGUCUCAUACACAGAACAGGGUAUUCUCCAGAUUAACCUUGGCAGCAUUAGAGGAUACUGGAUUUUUUGAGGAGUCUCACAACAGAACAAAUCUCAGGGCUAUAUAUGGUAACAUAUAUGUACUUCGAUAUUGGUACAAAGCCAAUUACAGCAUGGCAGACAAAUUGGAAUGGGGUGAAGGCAUGGGCUGUGAUUUUGUAAUGAAUAGCUGCAAGUUGUGGAUUGACCAACAACGGAAGAGGAAUAAGAAUGUAACUCCAUAUUGUGACACACCGAGGACAUCGCCUUUACGGUUGAUGUGCCGACAGGACCAAAGGGCUGUGGCAGUUUGUAAUUUAGAGAAGUACCCAGUUCCUGUGCCAAAAGAAUACCAGUAUUUUGACCAUCUUGAUGGUAUACCGGAGAAAGAAUUGCGGUACUAUGGUGGAUCAGUGGAGAUAGCUGAUUACUGUCCUUUCACCCAAGAAUUCAGCUGGUACAUAAGUGGGAAAUUCCAACGUGGUUCUGAUUGCAGGAUUUCUCAAAAUCAGCCAGAGCCUUCUCGUAACUAUGGAGCUGAGGAAUACGGACCAGACUCCGUCUGCCUAAUCCAGCAAUCUUAUUUUGUUAUGCAACAGUGCAACAAGAUGCCAAGAUCUCCAGACUGGGGGAGUGGGUGCUAUCGGAUGCACAGUAGAAAGCAUUCUUCUAGGGUGCGUCACAACCUGGUAUGGAAGUUGUCCUGUCCAAGACCGGAAGAAGCUGCAGAAGAUCGUGAACAUGGCACAGCACAUCACACAAACCAAUCUUCCAUCUGUGGACUCACUUUACACCGCACGCUGUUGGAGCAGUGCUACCAGGAUAAUCAAGGACACGACCCACCCAGCCAACAUACUUUUCGUCCCUCUUCUCUCCGGGAAAAGGCUCAGGAGCUUGAAGACUUGUACGGCCAGAUCUGGGAACAGCUUCUUUCCAACUGUGUUGUGAUCGUGAUUAUUUUCAUGAACGAAAACACUGCGGAUUCAGAGCUCCGAUGCCGGGUCCUAAUGUCCACUGCACUGAAACAGAUUUCCUGUUCUACUGAUGGGCUGAUCGUUUGGGUUUCAGAUAAGUCUUACUUAUGCAGUCAAAUGGGACAGGUACUCUCUGUUAACGUGAAGAUGAAUGACUGGGUGUAUACUGGAAGUUUGGUAUGUCCAUCUUGUUCUGACUUCUGCACUGCUUGUCCACCAGAACGUGAUCCACCGCUGAGUAAUUUCACAAAGAUGACUCUUAUAGAUCCGUGCUCCAGCUCGUCGGGUUUGGUCAUUACUCUUUGGCUAGUGCUGACUAAUUUUCUGCCCCUCAUGGUAGGAUUCUUCCUUUGUGUAUGGAACUAAAUUCAACCACACUUUCCAUUAAAGGAUCUAAUUAAAGCUGUUCUGUGUAGAUCAGAACACUGCUAUACCAAGGCACUGAUCUUCAAAAAUGCAUUAUUUGCUUUUCCCACGUGACUGAAUUUUGUUCAUGAAAGAUACAAAGAAAGAGUGCACAUUUUGCUGAACUGCUACAAGAAACCAUGACUCUCUUAUGAAAAGGGUGCUACUACUGUACCAAACAAAGCUGAACUACCUCUGCAGUACAAAAAUGAUUGAAGAUGUAAUCUCUUCUACAAUUGAACACUCCCAAUUAUUUAUCGUAAAUCAUAUUCAUUUUGAACCUCUUGUAUAUGUGGUAUUGAAUUGCACAGAUUUUUACUCAUGAUCUAUCCUACUGUCACUAUUUGCACAAGUGUCACUUUUUGUUGGUAUAUUGUCUUGGUUACAUCAAAACAAUCCUACAUAAAUAGUCCUGUUUAAAAUGGAAUAAUUUUGCUAGUACUGCAAAUGCAUUUGGAUUAUUGUCCUAGUCUAAGAAAAAGCCUACCUUUAAAUGUUUUUGUUUUGAUGUAAUAAUACUCUUCCUAUGUGUAACCCUCUUCUGUUAUUUCUUAUACUGCACAGUCAGUCAGUAUUAAUAAUGUCUGUAACCUUGGUUACCAUGGAAGAUAGCGGAGCCUCUCACUAAGGUUAUGUUGGACUUACUUUAACACAAGAUCUAAAGGGUAGAUUAAAAUGUUGAAGGCAGCUGCAUCAAAGGUUUCUCUUCUUCAGACCCUUAGUGACUCAGUGAAUUCAGACACUGAAUCAUUAUGUAAAUAACUCAAGAUUAUUUGGGUCCAAAUACCUUGGUCCCCUGUAUGAAUAAUUUUAAGCCAUUAUUUAUAAUAGUGCUGCCCCACUCCCCUUAACUAUGCUCAACAAGAAAUUAGCACUUUAAGGUUCGAGGGAGGAAAAACUGGUGGGAAGAUGUACUUUUCUCAAUUCUAAGACCUUAUUUAAUAUAACCUUUUACGUGGCACCACCUAAGUGGUCCAUAAAAAUUUGUAAUUACCAUUACCCAAAAUCAUAAAGUUUAACCAUAACUAAUUACACUUAACUAAUAUCCAUGAACUUUUGGUUUUGUAUUACCUUUGUUCUAUGUUGGCCAGAUUAUGAUAGUGCAAUAUAUUUUGAAAGCAUUUGAAGUUAUUUUCAGUUUCUUGUUUAUAAGUCAACAAUUUUGUAGUAAUAUGACAAGGAUGAUUUUUUAAAAAACUAUAGGAAAGAAAUUUGUCCUUGUUUGCUGGUGCCGGAAGCAUGAUAUAGAAAUGGCUGCUAUUGGUACCCUUCUUCAAGGUUCAAUUCUGUUGAUUUCAAUGGAAAUGUUCCUUGAAAUAGCAGUAAUUCUCUCAGAUAAUUAAUCCUUCGGAUGGCUAAGUUGGUGUAUCUGCAACGUAGAGUAGUAAUUUAAUCUGUCUGGAACAUAAAACACUCAGUACCUUGCUCAUUGCACAGUAUGUUCUACUUCUAAAAAUCAUUUAUGUUGAAAUCACUUCAAAUGUCAAAGAUUAUUCCUAUUAUGACAGCAAUUUUCAUGUUUGACUGUAGUACCAAAAUGAUCAAAGAUGAUGCUCAGACACCAAAAAAAGGCCAUUUGUAAUUAUUCUGAAUUGUCUGUGCUCUAUUUGGCAUCAGGGCUCAAGGCGGUAAUGAAAACAAGUAAUUUUAAACGACACAUAAAAUAGACUAACUUUCCACUGAUCUAGUUCAU